GCGGGGUCGGGCCUGGGUCCUACGGUAGUGGGUACAGAGGGUCCGGGGUUGCGGGUCGCAGGCCGCAGGCCCCAGGCAACUGCCUCCCGGGCGCCAUGUUCGGUUCCAGUCGCGGAGGCGUGCGCGGCGGGCAGGACCAGUUCAACUGGGAGGACGUGAAGACUGACAAGCAGCGGGAGAACUACCUGGGCAACUCGCUGAUGGCGCCCGUAGGCCGCUGGCAGAAGGGCCGCGACCUCACCUGGUACGCCAAGGGCCGGGCGCCGUGCGCGGGCCCGAGCCGCGAGGAGGAACUGGCAGCAGUGCGGGAGGCGGAGCGGGAGGCGCUGCUGGCCGCCCUUGGCUACAAGAACGUGAAGAAGCAGCCCACGGGCCUGAGCAAGGAGGAUUUCGCGGAGGUCUGCAAGCGGGAAGGAGGCGACCCCGAGGAGAAGGGCGUGGACCGGCUGCUGGGGCUGGGGAGCGCCAGUGGCUCCGUGGGCCGCGUGGCGAUGUCCCGAGAGGACAAGGAAGCCGCCAAACUGGGGCUGUCUGUGUUCACGCAUCACCGCGUAGAGAGCGGCGGGCCCGGGACCUCGGCAACCUCGGCCAGGAGGAAGCCGCGGGCGGAGGAUCAGACGGAAAGCAGCUCUGAGAGCCACAGGAAAAGCAAGAAGGAGAAGAAGAAAAAGAAAAAGAAGAAACACAAGAAAGAGAAGAAGAAGAAAGACAAAGAGCACAGGCAGCCAGCUGAGGCUGCCUCCUCUCCCACAUCUCCCGAGAGGCCCAGGCACCACCACGACUCCUAUUCCAACUCCCCCUGUUGUAAGAGGAGGAAGCGGGGACACAGUGGGGACAGGAGAAGUCCGUCUCGCAGGUGGCAUGACAGAGGCUCUGAGGCCUGAUGGCUGGACCCUGCUCACUGCUAUUGUGGGACCCUGAACUCUCCCUUUGCCUUGCUUGCCUCCUGCCUCGGAAGCCCCUCGUGUGUGGGUGAAGCCCGGGGCUGCUCCUGUGGAAGUGGCUCUGGGCACCAGCCUGUGGGGCUAAUGGCUAGACAGCUAGCUCUGGAAAACCUCCAGGUUUCACAUAGCGGGGAUGGUCCCUGGCUUGCCCUGUGAAGGUGAACCUGCCCAGAGGUACCAGUAGAAGCUGGACUCCCUCUGCCAGUAGAGACAGCAGCCAUGGGCCUAUGAGCGGUCUAACUGUGGCCAAGUAUGGUGAC